AUGCUCCAGAUUCGCUUGCACUUGAGGAUCUCCAAAGCUGCCGGCGCUUUUUCGUCGGCGAGCCACACGGGGUUCCGAUUCUCGGGAUUUCGAGGACAGGGCCUGGCAUCCCGAUCGCUUUUCAGCUCGUCAAGGUCAAACGGCAAUGGCUACAAAUCUCAUGGUGGCACCGGACAGCGCACUUUCACCUCAUCCGAGUUCUUCCAAGGCUUUGCCAUCCUCCUUCCAAGCGGAUGUAUCCUCGGACUGAAGGCAUCGCAAUGGCACAAGCAGUAUCAGGCCGGGCAGUCUCAGGCCAUCCGAGGUCUCUUUUGCGAUGCCAGCCUUGCCCAGACCAAGUUUAUUGAGGCUAAGGCUCACGAACAAGUCUCCAAGAAAUCCGCCAAGGAGCUGACUACCCUGCAAUUGCUUUCUGAGAUCUGGAAGCAUCUCAAGCCAGACUGGCUGUUGCUCACGUCGAUUGUUGUCGUCACGGGCGCCACGGCCAUGGUCAACCUCUACAUCCCUGUCGUUGUUGGCGAGCUUGUUACUGUUGUUCAGGGCUUGAUCGCCAGCGGAGGGGCAACGGGCAAUGCCCUGCAGGUCCUGAACGUCCCUGCACUGAAGCUGCUUGGACUGUACGUCGGCAAUGGGCUCCUUACAUUUGUCGACAUCACCCUAGUCACCAAGCUUGGCGAGAAUCUCGCUCGCAGCUUGCGUCGUGAACUCUUUGGGGUCUUGCUUUACCAGGACAUGGCGUUUUUUGACGGGCAUAUGCAGGGCGAAGUUCUGAGUCGUCUCACCGAGGAUGUAGCCGACUUUAAGAGUACCUUCAAGAUUGUGAUUACACAGAUUGUUGGUGCCGGUGUCCAACUGGUCUCGCUUUCGCCCAACCUGACCCUUACCCUCCUGAGUACCCUGCCGAUCCUGUACUUUACCCUGAACUUUUAUGGCUCCUAUCUGCGCAAGCUCUCCCGCCGCGCCAAGCUGGGUGACAGCGAGUCCACGGGUGUCGCUGGAGAGGCCAUCUCCAAUAUCAAGACGGUCAAGGCGUUCGCGUCCGAAGACCGGGAGCUCGAAAAUUACACCAGCGCUAUAUCAAAGAGUUCCCGGACCUCGUUGAAACUCGGGUUCCAUAUUGGCUUGUUCCAAGGGCUGCUCAAUUCUUCGAUUGGCGCCAUGAUCCUGAUGAUCCUCUACUUUGGAGGAAGCUUGGUGGCCAAAGGCGAAAUGACCGGAGGGCAGCUGAUGACCUUUAUGGUUGCCACCCAAAAUGCUCAGCGCUCGCUCUCACAAAUCGGUGUCCUGUUCGGUCAAGUCGUUAAAGCCCUCGGCUCGGCCAAUCGCAUCUUUGAGUACAUUUACACCGCCCCACAAAUCCCUACCAGAGGCGGGCUUCAGCUCGAAAGCUUCAAAGGAGAAAUCGAGUUUGUCAAUGUCGAAUUCCGGUAUCCCACUCGCCCCCAGCAUCCUGUGCUUCACAACUUUAGCUUGAAGGUCCCCGUUGGCAAGAUCGUUGCUCUAUGCGGCCAAAGCGGCAGCGGCAAGAGCACCAUUGGACAGCUGAUCGAGCGAUUUUACGAAGCAGACGCCGGUUCUAUCUUGAUCGAUGGCGUCGACAUCCGCAAGCUGGAUCCCAGUUGGUUGAGAAACAACAUCGGAUACAUCAGUCAGGAGCCCAUACUCUUUGCCAGCACCAUUUACGAAAACAUCAGAUACGGGCGACCCGGUGCCACCCGCGAGGAAGUUGAGGCAGCAGCCCGACAGGCCAACGCGGCCACCUUCAUCGAGAGCUUCCCAGACGGCUAUGGCACCGUUGUGGGCGAGCGCGGUGUGACCCUCUCUGGCGGACAGAAGCAGCGCAUUGCGAUCGCUCGUGCAUUGCUCAAGGACCCACGCCUGUUGAUUCUCGACGAGGCCACGAGUGCCCUUGAUACUCAAUCCGAGCGUGUGGUUCAGGAGGCGCUUGACCGGCUGAUGAAAGAUCGCACGGUCGUCAUCAUUGCACACCGCCUGAGCACCAUCGAGACCGCCGACCUCAUUGUGGUGCUCAACAACAACGCUUCCCGCGACACGGGCAACGUCCUUGAAAUCGGCACACACAAGGAGCUUAUGAAGAAGCGAGGGGCAUACUACCGACUCCACAGCAUGACCUUUGAGCACGGCGGCCUCCUCGGAUGAACGGAGCCAUGCGAAAGCCAAGGGUGCUCGCCCAGCCCGCCAUCUGCCUUCUCCAUGCCGGCUUUGCCACUGCCGGCCGUGGAAUUGGGUGUCACUUCCAAGUCUGCGCAUACGCAUGGCGACACCACUCCAUACUUUUAUUCCCAUGCCGUCAAUAGAUGCCGACGCGACGGUUAGCGUCUGGGCAAAAUGAGCUAUGCAAUCGACCUGUUUGGGCUCCGUGCGAUUGGAUGCAAAUUUCG